AUGGUACAUGAAAAAACAGAGCAUGGAUGGACAAAGGAUGGUCCCUGCUUCAUGUGUCUAUGGCAGGAUGGGAGGAAGACUGAGAGGGAUGGGGGACAAGACGCUUUAUCACUAAAUGAAAAUCAAGAACUCUGCACUGGAUGUGGUGGCGUCCUCUUCCCAGAGGAUGCACCAUAUUUAGAGAUCCUGGGUGACAGAGGGCACAGAGACGAGGAGGAUGUGGAAAGAAGUGAGGCAGUUAAGGGAGAGAGCAGAGGGCAGUGGAAGAAGGAUAAGAGAGAUGGCUCAUGUAAAAAUAUAAAGGAGGCAGAGGACAGGAGAGAGUUAGGAGUGGAGGAGGCGACAGGGGGAGCAGAGGAGAGGAGAGAAAGGGGAAAGAAGGAGAGAUGUGCUGGAGCAAAAGACAGAGAGGAGGUCGUCUGUGUGGAGAAACAGGGCUCACUGAUCACACUGGCGUGGAGCAAGUCAGCUGAAGGUGUGAGCACAAACAAGGAAAUUAUCAGAGCUUUACAAGAGGUAGAGACAGCAGCGGAGACUCUUGCAGAUCUUUUGACCAACACACAGCAGGCUGAAAGCGCAGUAAAGGGAAACAUCACAAGUCCAGCAACUCCAGAACCAGGCCCAGAGAACCUACAUGCUAGUCGAAUAUACCCAAAUGAGGUCAAAGAAGUCAAAGCAGUGUGUGAGGAACAGAAGAGCAAAGUGGUGUGUAGGGGUGAAGUGUGUGAGGAGCAGAAGAGUGAGUUAGUGUGUGGGGGUGAAGUGUGUGAGGAGCAGAAGAGUGAGCUGGUAUGUCAAGGUGAAGUGUAUGAAGAGGAGAAGAGUGAGCUGGUAUGUCAGAAUGAAGUGUGUGAGAAUGGGAAGAGUGAGCUGGCAUGUCAGGGUAAAGUGUGUGAGGAGCAGGAGAGUGAGUUGUGUGGGGGUGAAGUGUGUGAGGAGCAGAAGAGUGAGCAAGCGUGUGAGGGAGAAAAGUAUGAAGAGAAGAAGAGUGAGCUGGCAUGUUGGGGUGAAGUGUGUGAGAAGCAGAAGAGUGAGCAAGCGUGUGAGGGCGAAAAGUAUGAGGAGAAGGAGAGUGAACUGGCAUGCGGGAGUGAGGUGUGUGAGGAGCAGCAGCUGCAGCGCGAGGCUACCAUGCGCAGCCUGGUACACAUCCAGAAAAGAGCAGAGCUCCGCUGGCAACAAGACAGAGACAGACAACUGUACCGAGUUCAAGAGCGUCUGUUAAUCAUCCAAAACAGGAAGACAGAUGAGGACCUGCUGGGUCUGACACAGGAAGACACAUUCAGGCACCUGACUAGCACACUGCAACAGGAAGAUGAACAGCAACAGAAAACCUUGAUGAAAGAAAAACUGCAGCAGCUGCGGAGAGAACGCUCCUAUAUCCUCCAGUCUAGGAGAGAGAGGAAUACUGCUGGGUUUAAGGAGCUGCUUGCACCCUCAACUCGGCACAUGACUAAUACAGAAGAUGGGCUAUAGCCCACAGGCACAAAAAAUGAGCUCCUUUCUGUGCGUUCUAGAAUUUCGUUUGUGCAUGUCUAUAUUGGUCACCGGUUACGUCAAUCAACUUUCACGAGACUAUCGACUGCCCUCUGGUGGUGUUUUACUGUAUUUGCAGUGGUUUCAGUGAGUGGAUUGCCGUUUUUUUUGUGCGCAAGUCUAGAUAGAUAAUCAAAACAUGCUAAUAGAAUACCAGCCGUACUACUACAUCCAGACGAUUGUGGAUUGUUUUGUGCCUUCUAGUCAAAUUACAUCAGUGCACACAUGUUAUAGGCCAAGCAGAAUAAUUGAGAAACAUAAAUUAGACACAUUAUGUUUUAUUGAAUCGCAGGACACACAGUAGUAAUAUCAGUCUCCAUCCCCAUUCAUACACACAGCAGUCAUUGCUUCACAACUCUGUGUGUAUGAGUGCGUACACAUCUGUGCAUUUAUGGCAAUUAUAACUUAAAUCCUA